AUGGGGUCUCUCUUACCAAAAGAUGGCGUCACGGUGGUUUUAGGAACGCAAUGGGGUGAUGAAGGCAAAGGAAAACUUUCGGACAUUCUCUGCAGUGAAGCCGACGUGUGUGCUCGAUGUCAGGGUGGCAACAACGCUGGACAUACUAUAGUCGUAGGCAACACCAAGUAUGAUUUUCACAUGUUGCCGUCCGGCUUGAUUAAUCCCAACUGUAUUGCUGUGGUUGGUUCGGGAGUAGUCGUGCAUCUUCCCUCCUUUUUCGAUGAAUUGGAAAGCCUGGAAGCUAAAGGCCUCAAGUGCAAAGACCGACUGUUUAUUUCGGACCGUGCCCAUCUCGUGUUUGGUGUGCAUCAAGUCAUUGAUGGUUUGAAAGAAAUUGAACGAGGCGUGGGCAGUAUUGGCACCACCAAGAAAGGUAUUGGCCCAACCUACUCCUCCAAAGCGUCUCGUUCCGGUAUUCGCAUCCACGACCUGUAUGAAUUUGACUCGUUUAGCACCAAAUUCAGAACUCUCGUGGCCAACAAACACAAACGUUACGGCGUGUUUGACUAUGACGUGGACGCCGAAUUAGCUCGCUACAAGGAACUUGCCGACCGCUUACGUCCGCAUGUCAUUGACACCAUGGCCUUUAUUCACGCCGAGUUUCAAAAAGGCAAACGCAUUCUCGUGGAAGGCGCCAACGCACUGAUGCUUGAUCUGGAUUUCGGUACUUAUCCAUACGUGACUUCUUCCAACACAUCCAUCGGUGGUGUCUGCACCGGUCUCGGGCUUCCGCCCAAAAUGAUCACCAACAUUAUUGGCGUGGUCAAAGCAUAUACCACACGUGUAGGCGGUGGUCCAUUUCCAACCGAGCAACUCAAUGAAAUUGGCGAGCAUUUACAAAAAGUGGGAUUCGAAUUCGGCGUAACCACAGGCCGCAAACGUCGUUGUGGAUGGCUCGACUUGGUCGUACUUAAGUACUCUACCAUGAUCAACGGGUAUACUAGCUUCAAUGUGACCAAGCUCGACAUUUUGGAUCAAUUGCCGACUAUCAAAGUCGCCACAGCAUAUAUUUUAGAUGACAAGCCACUACCAACUUUCCCGGCCGAUUUAGCCCUACUUGACAGGAUUGAAGUACAGUAUGUGGAUCUGCCGGGUUGGCAAACUGAUAUCUCCGCCUGUCGCCGAUGGGAAGAUUUGCCCACCAAUGCUCAGAGAUACAUUGAAUUCAUUGAACGUGAAACAGGUGUUCCUGUGGAUUGGAUCGGUGUGGGUGCCGAUAGAGAUGCCAUGUUGCGUAAACCGGCUUCGAAAUAA